UGUCGCAAUCUUUAUUUAGAAAGCACGUAUUAUACUUCGCUGCCGUUUAAUAUUUAAAAAGAUCGCCAUGCCGAAAGUAUCAAGCUCUAAAGCUGAUUUACUUAAGAAAUGGAUAAAGAAUGCUAAACAUUUAUCCACUGAUGGAACAGUUGUAUACUGUAACGCCUGUUCAAAGCAAGUAUCCUCAAACCAGAAAUUUCAGAUCGAUCAACACCUUGCUACAGCCAUUCACAAGGAAGUGGAGAAGCGAUUUAACGGGAAAGUACAACAUACGUUUGUUUCAACUGCGUUAUGUGGCAGCUCCCAACAAAACCAGGAUUCUAAAAAUGAAUUUUAUGCAACUCCAUGGCACAAUCAACCAUACCAUGGAAUAAAUUAGAACAACCGGCGUUCCGUAAAUUUUUUGAAAAAUAUUGUAACCGCCAUAUCCCAAAUGAAUCCACAUUGCGCAAAAACUAUUUGAAGAAAUGUUACCAGGUACGUUUAGAAAAUAUUAGGGAAAAGUUAUGCACCACAAAUAUUUAUAUUCAAAUUGACGAAACAACAGAUGCACGUGGUCGCUUUGUUGAAAAAAAAACUUGUUGGUAUUUUAAACGACUCUACCCCUCCAGUGUCUUAUUUGAUUAAGCCUUAGAAAAAACGCUUAUAUGAUCAAAGCUGGAAAAGCUUUACUGGUAUUUUACCCGGAAUUAAUACAUUGCACCUGUAUGGCUCAUGCAUUCAAUAGAUUAGCCGAAUUAGUACGUGCAGAAUAUCCUUCUGUUAAUAAUUUAACUAAUAACGGAAAAAAGGUCUUUUUAAAAGCUCCCUUAAGGGUAGAAUUUUACAAAGAAAUGGCUCCUGGCUUGCCCUUACCACCUGAGCCUGUUAUUACAAGAUGGGGUACAUGGCUCAAUGCUGCCUUGUUUUAUGCAGAUAAUUUCGUAAAAAUCAAAGAAAUUUUUCUUUUGCUUGACGCUGAUUCUAUAGCACUUAGAUCUUGUAGGAAAUCGAUACUAGAGUCAAACAUUUUAGAAGACUUAGCCUUUAUUAAAGUUCAUUUUUUCAUGCUAGCAAAAGUAAUAAUGGAGCUGAAAAAUACCCAGUUAUCAUUAAACGAAUCUUUCAGAAUCAUAGAAAAGGUGAUUGAAGAACUAAGUCUUAUUCCUGAAGAAAUUGGAAACAAAGUUAGGGUUAAAUGAGAAAGUGUUUUAUUUCGCAAUCCUGGAUACCAACAAAUAAAAAAUGUUUGUUACAUUUUGAGAUUACAGAGCCAAAGUGAUCCGGAUAUUAAAAUGAAGCCUUCAGACAUAGCUUCCUUGAAAUUUGCGCCGAUCACACCAUAUUCGGCUUUUAAAAAUUUAUUAAUAGACAAACGCCAUCAUUUAAGCAUGGAUAGUAUUAACCAGUUAUUAGUUUUAUACUACAACCCUAAUGUUUAACUUUUUGUGUGUGUUAUUUUCAAUUAGUAUUGUACUGUUCAUUACAGAAAAAC